CGCAGGCGCAUUCGCCACGGAGCAGGAAGUGAGCGGAGACGGGACAACAGUAGCCGAGAAGCUGGUCCUGCUGAGAGCUGUAGCUUGUGUCUGACCCGUCGGGACCUGACAUGUCACGAAAACCAAAGGAGGAAUACUACCGGUUCUUCACCGUCACUGAGCCUCGCACUCAUGAGAAGGGUUACACGGAGUACAGAGUGACAGCAAGGUUCGUCUCCAAGCGACACCCGGAGGACGUGAAGGAGGUGGUGGUGUGGAGGAGGUUCUCAGAGCUGAAGAAGCUCCACGGGGAGCUGGCCUACACGCACAGGAACCUGUUCAGGCGCCAAGAGGAGUUUCCACCUUUUCCACGUGCACAAGUUUUUGGAAGGUUUGACGAGGCUGUGAUUGAGGAGAGGAGGAAGGCAUCAGAAGACAUGCUUCUGUUUACCACCAGUAUACCUGCACUCUACAACAGCCCGCAGCUCAAGGAUUUCUUCAGGGGUGGGGAGGUCACAAGACCUUUAGAUCCCACUUUGUCCUCUGUUGAGACGCUACCUCCUCCUCUCAUCCCCCUUCCUAAGCGAAGAGCCUCAGACUGUGAGCCUGCAGAGGAGGAGGAGGGAAGGGAGGCCCCUACUUUACCCCAGGACCUGGGCACUAAUCUGGGCCUCGAGGUGGGAGAACCUGAGGUGGCAGCUGAGGCUUUCAACGAGAUGGGAGGGCCUGUGGGAGAAAACGAUAAUGAGGAGCUUAGCGAUGCAGAGUUGGAUGACAAAGUCCCAUCUCCUGUCGGCUCACCAGUCAGAAACCACCAACAAUCCCAGGAAGAGUUUGAUUCACUAUUUGACUCAGUAGCAGAAGAGCACCUUCCCUCGCCAAAGGAAGAAGCUCCUCCUCCACUGUCGGAUAAUGACUUGGCUGUGUUUGAUCCCUGCUAUAAAGAAGACAGGUCCAAUUCCUCCAGCAACCAUUCAGAAUUGUUGUCACUGCCACUGCCAUCCAGUCUGGAUGAAGGCAACGUAGGCUACCUGAACCAAGCCUCGACUGAGCUAACGGCUGCAUUGGAGAUGGAAAAGGAGGGAGAAAUUAGUUCUGCCAUUCGAAGAUACAGGACAGCGGUGGAUAUUCUGAUCACAGGAGUACAGGGAGACCCAGACCCAGUGCGCAGGGAGUCUGUGAUGAGAAGGACGGCGCAGUACCUCGAGCACGCUAAGAUGCUGGUGGACGGGCACCCGUCACCCAAACACUCUCACACGCCCACACACACGAACGGCCAGGACCCGUAGACACACACGCACGCACGCACGCACGCACGCACGCACACACACACACACACACACACACACACACACACACACAGACACGCACGCACACACACACACACACACACACACACACACACACACACACGCACACACACAUACACACACACACAGACGCUCAGGGCUGUGACAUGAUACACAGUCACAUUUGGUAUAUGCUCACAACCUACAGAAAAAAAGCUCAUUGAGGUAAAAAGCACACACAUACUGCACUACACUGGAGACUGUUUGUGUUUGGUGACAAAAUCUGUGAUUUACAAAUUUAAAUGACCCCAAACCUUAAUGUGACUGGACAAUUGAGGUACUAAUGAACAAAUAAUAUUACAUCCCCACCUCUUAUUUUUUUAUUCUUAUGUUCCUCUUACUGUGUUCAAGUAAUGUAAUGUUUGUAAAUGGCAUUUUUGCACAAUGUUUGCUAAUAAAUGUGAUUGAAUUAAUUGUGUAA